AUCAUGUUUUAGGAUAGUCUAAAGCUUUUGGAACCGAGGCCAUGGCGGCGUGCAUCCAAGCGUUGGCAAUUAGAGCAACGCUUCCAUCUACGUUUCUGGGUACGUCGCAGGUGUCAUGGAGGCGGCAACAGCGCCUGGUUCUCGCCAAUCCAUCCAGCUCCCGGGUCUCGGCGUGGUUUAAAUUCGGGAACCGGGGAUUGGAUUCGCAAGGAGCUGGAAUCUAUGGCAGCCAGAAGAGGGACGAUUUCAACAAGGACGACGUCGAACAGUACUUCAACUACAUGGGAAUGCUGGCGACCGAGGGAUCCUACGAUAAGAUGGACGCGCUGCUCAACGAGGGUCUCCAUCCGGUGGACAUUCUAUUGCUCAUGGCUUCUUCCGAGGGAGAUAAGCCCAAAAUCGAGGAGCUUCUUCGCGCUGGAGCUAGCUACACGGUGAAAGACGGCGAGGGAAGAACAGCAUUGGACAGGGCUAAAGACGACGAGAUCAGAGAUCUCAUCCAGAACUUCCAGACCGUCCCUUCCCCGUGAAAAUCUGUCCAUCGUAUAGGAUCAAUCCAAGUUUCCCUCCAAGGUUUUGUUGGA